CUUCCUCUCCUGUGACUGGGGACAUAAAUAUUAGAGAAACAAAAGCCCAGAAUGCUAAGGUUGCCACUCUCACUUCCUCUUGCCCCUGAACCAGCAGCAGCACUGCUCUGAAUAUCUUAAUCAUCCUGGGGCACCCAGCGGGGCAGAGAGAAGGCGGCAGUGCCCCGGUGACCACCCCAGCAGGCGGAUACAACGUGUCAUGUUUCACAGAGCCACUUCUGGGCAAAGAAAAUGCCAGAAUGAUGUCUCCUACCCGCCUGGCUGGGAUGCUGAUCCCAGCCAUGGCCUUCCUCUCCUGCCUGAGAACCGAGAGCUGGGAGCCUUGUGUGCAGGUGGUUCCUAACAUUACUUACAAAUGCACGGAGCUGAAUCUCAACAAAAUUCCCAACAACAUUCCUACAUCAACCAAGAAACUGGACCUGAGCUUUAAUCCCCUGAGGCAUUUAGGCAACCAUAGCUUCUCCAACUUCCCCGAACUACAGGUGUUGGAUUUAUCCAGGUGUGAAAUUGAGACCAUCGAAAAUGACACGUAUCAGGGCCUAAACCACCUCUCCAUCUUGAUAUUGACAGGAAACCCUAUCCAGAAGUUUUCCACAGAAGUCUUUUCUGGACUCUCAAGUUUACAGACUCUGGUGGCCGUGGAGACAAACCUACAGUCUCUAGAGGACCUUCCCAUUGAAUAUCUCAAAAACUUGAAGGUGCUUAACGUGGCUCACAAUCUUAUCCGCUCCUUCAAGUUACCUGAAUAUUUUUCUAACAUGACCAACCUGGAGUACUUGGAUCUUUCCAAUAACAAGAUCAAAGUUAUUUAUCAUAGUGACUUGCAGGUUCUACAUCAAAUGCCUCUACUCAACCUUUCUUUAGACUUGUCCCUGAACCCUUUAUCCUUUAUCCAACCAGGUGCCUUUAAAGAAAUUAAACUGCAUGAACUGACUUUGAGAAGUAAUUUUGAUAGUACAGAUGUAAUGAAAACUUGUAUUCAAGGUCUGGCUGGUUUAAAGAUCCAUCACUUGGUUCUGGGAGAAUUUAAAAAUGAAAGGAACUUGGAAAGCUUUGACGAAUAUCUCCUGGAGGGACUGUGCAAUGUGACCAUUGAAAAAUUCCGGAUAGCAUUCUUUGAUGAGUUCUCAGAGGAUAUCACUGACUUAUUUAAUUGUUUGGCAAAUGUUUCUACAAUUUCCCUGGUGCAUCUGUUUUUAAAGAGACCACGAUACCUUCCUAAAAAUCUCAGAUGGCAACGGCUGGAAAUGGUUAACUGUGAAUUUGAAGAAUUUCCCAAAUGGGAGCUGGACUCUCUCAAGGAGUUUGUUUUCACUGCCAACAAAGGCGUGAGCACUUUUACUGAGAUGAAGCUGGAAAGUCUUGAGUUUCUAGAUCUCAGUAGAAAUGACCUGAGUUUCAAGGGUUGCUGUUCUUACACUGACUUGGGGACAAACAGACUGAAGCAUUUAGAUCUGAGCUUCAAUGAUAUUAUUACCAUGAGUUCUAACUUCUUGGGCUUAGAACAGCUAGAAUAUCUAGAUUUCCAGCAUUCCACCCUGAAACAGGGCAGUGACUUUUCAGUAUUCCUAUCCCUCAGAAACCUCCGUUACCUUGAUAUUUCUUAUACUCACACCCAAGUUGUCUUCAAAGGCAUUUUUGAUGGCUUGGUCAGCCUCCAAGUCUUGAAAAUGGCUGGCAAUUCUUUUCAGGACAACUUUCUUCCAAAUAUUUUCAAAGACCUGACGAACUUGACCAUUCUAGACCUCUCUAAGUGUCAGCUGGAAGGGGUGUCCCAGACAGCAUUUGGCUCGCUUCCUAAACUUCAGUUGAUAAAUAUGAGUCACAACAACCUCUUGUCAUUGGAUACACUCCCUUAUGAGCCUCUCCCCUCUCUCCAAAUUCUGGAUUGCAGUUUUAAUCGAAUAGUGGCCUCCACAGAGCAAGUACGACAGCAUUUCCCAAGUAAUCUAGUUUCCUUAAAUCUUACUCGGAAUGACUUUGCUUGUGUUUGUGAACACCAGAAUUUCCUACAGUGGGUCAAGGACCACAGGCAGCUCUUGGUGAAAGUGGAAGAAAUGGUGUGUACCAAACCUUUAGACAUGCAGGACACGCCCCUGCUGAGUUUUAGGAAUGCCACCUGUCAGAGAAGCAAGACUAUCAUAACUGUGUCGGUGUUCACUGUACUCAUGGUUUCCUUGGUAGCAGUUUUGGUGUAUAAGUUCUAUUUCCACCUGAUGCUUCUUGCUGGUUGCAAAAAGUACAGCAGAGGCGAAAGCACCUACGAUGCCUUCGUUAUCUACUCAAGCCAGGAUGAAGACUGGGUGAGGAAUGAACUGGUAAAGAACUUGGAGGAGGGGGUGCCUCCCUUUCAGCUCUGCCUUCACUACAGAGACUUUAUCCCUGGUGUGGCCAUCGCCGCCAAUAUCAUCCAGGAAGGGUUCCACAAAAGCCGGAAGGUUAUCGUUGUGGUGUCCCAACACUUCAUCCAGAGCCGAUGGUGCAUCUUUGAGUAUGAGAUUGCCCAGACCUGGCAGUUUCUUAGCAGUCGUGCCGGCAUCAUCUUCAUUGUCCUGCAGAAGGUGGAGAAGUCCCUGCUGCGGCAGCAGGUGGAGCUGUAUCGCCUCCUCAGCAGGAACACUUACCUGGAGUGGGAAGACAGUGUGCUGGGCCGGCAUAUCUUCUGGAGACGACUCCGAAAAGCCUUGCUGGAUGGUAAACCAUGGAGUCCAGAAGAAACGGCGGAUGCAGAAAACAACUAGCAUGAAAUGGUAACCUCUGCCUGGGGAGGAAAAUCUCCCAUGGGGCUCUGUGCCCAGCUGGACCCAGGACUUGUUCAGUUAACGAGUACUAAAUGCUGCGAUGUCCCUGGCAUUAUGCUAGGGGCUGAUGAUUCAGUGGUGCAUGAAGUUUACAGGACUGCUGACCUCAUGGAGUUUAGUGCAGAGGGAAUAAUAGUGUGCUAAAUCACAUACCUCUACGUGCAUGCUUCCACCAGAUCAGCUCAGGAGUCCAUGGCAUGGAAAGUCAACUCAAUUCGUAUCCCAUCAAACUCAAUUAGAUCUAAGAGAUGGGGCCCCAGAGAGAUCAGGAAAAGAUGCAAUUCUUCACCUGGGUUUUUGGAAUGGAAACUACCUCAUGUUUUACAUGCUAGCUCUCUUAAAGAUGUUUGGGCAGUUUUAACUGAACAAGGUCUUUGCUCACCUUUCCCUCUUCUACUGAAUGCAACUUAAAUUCCACUCAACUCAGAAGCCUCCUUAUUCAGACCCCUUCACCUCCACUUGAAGUGGGUUUCUUUACAAAGGUCAAAGUCUAGUUACUGAUUCCCAAGGAAAUCUGAUUAACACAUAUCCACAAACAUCCUGGCCGUUCUUUAGUAUGUUCUAUUUAUCAACGAAUCGUGCCUGGUGCAUUUUUGUUUUUACAAAAUCCAGUUCUCAUUUUUCAUGUUUCCUCUAUAAACUCUUAUCAUAAAUAAGACUGUUAGAGACAUGCUGGAAAUUUCCAUAUUUAAGCACUAUCAUUCAAGCAAAUAUGUAAAAUACACUCCAUCACUUUGUCACUUGAUGUCACUCUAAAAGUUAUUUCCUACUAGGUUAUGACUGUCAUGAAGGAAACAUUAAAAUAAUUUGGUGGAAAGUGGCACUUAUUUUAAUAGAGAGGGACAAAUCCAAAUUCCCAGUUCUGUAAUAAGCAAUUCGGGGCUAAGGGUAUGCCAAGAAAUAGGUUGUCCUGGAGGGCAGUUCUUAAUGGUCCCAGAAACACAGGGCUGAUACAGCUGGGAUGACCACGCAACAUGAAGCACAGCAGUCGCUUCUGCAGGAAAUGAGUAUUUGCUGAUGGAACAUUGACUUGUCCAGGGGAUUAUGAAAUAGUUCAAGGUGGGAAGUGCACACUGCUGCUUCCUGUUGAGUACUACUCCCCAUGACCACAUUCAGGAAAGAGUAGAUAUUAUCACUGAGAAAAUAGUCUCACUGAGGUUAAUGUGGUCAUGUUAAGGGGAAUUCUUAGAAGAACAUACACCCUUCUUCUUCUGCAAGAACAAUAAAGUAAUCUGGAAAA